AAAUUUGACGACUCCUUGCCUCGUGCAUCAGUGUGGAUAGAUCUCAAACAAGACAGAUUUGCAUUAAUGUGAAGCGUAAAUCAUGAGCGAUGGAUGGACAUGGUGAGCGCAACUCUCCAAAAGAGGCACCAAAUAACACGGAGAUGCUCCUGGCUUUGCUGUCACACAGUGAGGAGCUCCGGAAAGAAAUCCCAGUGUGUGCAGGCUGCAAUCAGCACAUCGUGGACCGCUUUAUCCUCAAAGUGCUGGAUCGCCACUGGCACAGCAAGUGCCUGAAAUGCAGCGACUGUCAGGCGCAACUGGCGGAGAAGUGCUUCAGCAGAGGCGACAGCGUCUACUGCAAAGAGGAUUUCUUCAAGAGAUUCGGGACCAAAUGUGCGGCCUGUCAGCAGGGCAUACCGCCCACACAGGUGGUGAGGAGAGCGCAGGACUUCGUCUAUCACCUGCACUGUUUCGCCUGCAUCGUCUGCAAGAGGCAGCUGGCCACAGGAGACGAGUACUACCUGAUGGAGGACAGCAGGCUGGUCUGUAAGGCCGACUACGAGACCGCCAAGCAGAGAGAAGCAGACUCGACUGCAAAAAGGCCACGAACGACCAUCACUGCUAAACAGCUUGAAACGCUGAAGAACGCCUACAAUAACUCUCCCAAACCUGCCCGUCACGUCCGAGAGCAGCUAUCAUCAGAGACGGGCCUGGAUAUGCGGGUUGUGCAGGUUUGGUUUCAGAAUAGGCGAGCUAAAGAGAAAAGGCUGAAGAAAGACGCCGGUCGUCAAAGGUGGGGGCAGUACUUCCGCAACAUGAAGAGAUCACGGGGAAGUUCCAAAUCCGACAAGGACAGCAUCCAGGAGGAGGGCAUGGACAGUGAUGCAGAGGUGUCCUUCACAGAUGAACCACCCAUGUCAGAGCUUGGCCUCACCAACGGCAUCUACAGCAGUCUGAGUGAGUCUUCUCCAGCCAUGGGAGGCCGCCAAGGGGGCAAUAACCACAGCUCCUUUCCCCUGGAACACAGCGUCCUCCCCUCUCAAGAUCAGUUCCACGACAUCCGAUCCAACAGCCCCUAUGGCCUUCCUCAGUCACCGGGUUCACUUCAGGCGCUACCCAGACACCAACCUAUCAUCUCUAACUUGGUCUACCCUGACUCCGGCCUUUCCAUCAUGACCCAGGGCAGUGGGCCUGGGAUCAAUCCUGCCGUGAGGGUCUCCAUGGGUGGCGGCAACGGCCCUAGCUCGGACCUGUCCACUGGCAGCAGCGGCGGAUACCCAGACUUUCCUGCAAGUCCUGCCUCGUGGUUAGAUGAAGUGGACCACGGGCAGUUUUGAUUUGUCAACGUCAAGAAAUUGGACUCUUGAACUUGAACUUCUUUUUUUUUUUGGUUUUCUGUGUCUUCUUUUGGAUUUUAAAAACUGGAAAUUAGUCACACAGGACAGUGAUUGUGUAAAGGACUAGACUGCUGUCCUUGGAUCUCACCAAUAUCUGAUUACCAGGUCUUUUAAAUAUCUGUGAUCUGGAUAGAGGAAGGAGAGAAAAUGUCCUCCAUUAAAAGCACUUGGCCUAACAAUUGUCCUUCAGUAGUGAAACCAUGUGUAAAGCAAAUCUAUCAGAAAUGUUCAGAUACCACAAUAAGCUUUUUCACAACAAUGUAAAGACCACAGACUCAGAAAAGUUUAGACUUCAAUCAUUUGGAUUUUCACAAACUUCACCACCUUUCUUCUUAUCAGCUCUGUGUUUAGGUGCAGAAUUCAGUUCAGAGUCUUUAAAUGUCUGGUUGUUGCCAAAUGUCUACAUAUAUAUAUAUAUACAUAUAUAUAUAUAUAUAAUGUUUUAUCAUCGUGGAGACUUUAUUUUUAUACAAACCCCUUCUUGGACAUGAAUAAGAACCCAGAUAUGAGGACUUUGUACAUUCUUCAACAGGGAUAUAGACAAAAAUGUAGAUGUUGUCUUAAAUGGUACCUAGGGGUCCAAUUACUUCUAUGCAUUUGUGUGUUCUCAGAUGUAUCUCGUUCGUUUUGUUCUACCGAAAAAACAACCCCAAAGGAAGAACUGCUGUAGCACCCAGGGGUCUGAUGUAUAUGUUUGUUUAUGUGGAAAAUGUUUUAUGUCUUAUUUAUUCCUUCUGGUAAUGAUGAUGAUGAUUCCUGAUUA